AUGACGAACCGGGGACGUAAAUAUAUUGCUUCAACAUCAUCCAACAACCAAGUGGAUUGUCAGUACUGUAACAAGUCAUACUCGGCGUGCGGGAUCAAAUCUCACGAACAAGGGUGUCUGAGAAGACGGGAUAAGAAGAAUGAUGACAAGGAUUUCGCAGCACUUGCAGCGCGUGCAGUAGAGGAGGAGCUGCAAAGGAAAGAAGCACGUCGAGAGAAAAGACAGCAUCGUAAGGAGCAAACAAUGGCUUCUGCUGUUGUCGCUGCUGCAGCGCCGUCGGUCCCUUUGAGAAUGGUCCCGGAUGGCACAAAGAACUCGUCGCCUGAGCAAGAUCAACAGCCUGACGACUUCACUGCAGCUCCUCCUAAUCUCGAUACUUUCAAGAUGGAAUACCACCCACACAGCGGCCGUGCGACUUCUGUAGAGUCGUUCUCCACUUUUGGAUGCAAGGAGCAUCAGCUGCCGCCUAUCGUCGACAACGAACCCUGGCAGCCUUUUGCUUGUCGUGCGGACUUUGAGUUCGCCAAACUCGCACACCAGGCUGCCUUGAACAAGAAUCAAACAGACGAGCUGUUGCGGCUCAUCUGGAGAAUUGCUGACGGCCAAGUGAAAUUCACGUUCAAGUCCCAUGGUGAUGUUUCAAAAGCCUGGGACAGGGCUGCCAGUCAAAUGUCACCUUUCGAGAAGCAUACCAUUACUGUUGAGCACAAGCGGGAGGACCUCAAGUACAACGUAUACACACGGCCAUUGUGGGACUGGGCCUUGGACUUGCUACAGGACCCGCUACUGGCACCCCAUUUUGUUUGGGAUGCACAGCGAUUGUACAAGCACAAUGGGAUGCGUUACGAGCACUUUGUACAUGAACCUUGGACUGGAGACCGUUGGUGGAACAUUCAAUCGUCUUUACCUGAAAAUGGUGUCCCAUUCGCAUUUAUAUUGUAUGCGGACAAAACUCAUCUAUCUUCUGCCGGUACAGUCAAAGCCUACCCUGUCUUCGUGCGAUGCGGAAACUUGCCUGUCAAUAUCAGGAACACAGAUGGACUUGGCGGUGGGCGAAUGGUUGGCUGGCUACCAAUAGUUCCUGACGAUUCUGAGGAAGACGGAAAGCUCUCAUAUGUCAAUCUCAAACGUGUCGUAUGGCACAAGGCAUUCUUCAAGCUGCUCGAAACCAUCAUCAUCUAUGCCAAGGCAGGGUAUGCAUAUACAUGCUAUGACGGCGUCAUGAGAUGGUUGUAUGCAUUCAUCUUGCUCUUAUCGGCUGAUUAUGAGGAGCAGUGCGUGAUGGCACUGAUACGGGGAACCAAUUGUCACUGUCCCUGUCCUAUCUGCCUCGUCCCUUCAGACAAGCUCUACGAUAACGCUUCCACUUAUCCGACUCGAUCAUCUGAUGACACGAAAGCUUUGGUGGAGCUAUGGACUAGGGACCGUGUAGCUGGAGAAAGCGCACUCAAAAAACAGGGCCUACGGCCUAUUAAGAACGUCUUCUGGAAAGUCCCAAAUUCUGAUCCUCAUGACACGAUUUCGCAGGACCAUUUGCAUGUAUAUCAUAUGGGUCAGUGGAAACAUCUCUUCGGCAAGCUCAAACAACGCAUUGCAGCCCUUGGACGCAGCAAUGAGAAGAAACUGGAUGAUCAGUUCGAUACCUUCCCGCGAUGGCGCAAUCUUAAUCACUUUGAUCGGGUUACUAAUAUUACUUACAGCGACGGUAACAAACUUCGGGAUAUCUCCAGGCAAGUUUUGUAUGCCACACAGAACAUACUCACACGCGCAGCGGAUGAAGCUGGCUAUGCACUACUACGGUGUAUAGCGAGCUACCUACAUAUCGACAUGUAUAUUUCACUUGACGUGCAGACUGAAAGCACGAUUGCUGCGGGAAGGGCAGAGGUGUUAGAGUUUCAGAAGCGCUUAGAGGACUACAUCAAAAUCGUCGAGGAGACUGAUCCGGACACGAUCAAGAACUGGAACUUUCCAAAGAUUCACUCUGGAAAGCAUAUAUUCGAUGACAUCAUGGCGAAAGGUGCCGCUCAGAACUUCAGCACUCGACCAAAUGAGAAGCAACAUGGACCGAUCAAACAGUGGUAUCUACGGCAGACCAAUCGUAAGGAUAUUGCUGAUCAGAUCCUUGAGCUCGACCAUAAGAGUGUCGUCUCUGAAUUUAUUCGCAGUCGUAUUGAGUGCCUUGAUGAGGAACGAUGCAAACUCAUGCUUUCGCAGGAAGAACUGGAGGACACGGACUUGGAUGAUGAGAAAUUUGAAGAACAUUUUCAUAUCGGUUCACCCCUCAAGAAUCAAACAACCCUUUCGCAAGUGGAGGAAGAAAACAAGUCCAUUUGUGCAUUUCACCAGUUCCGGAAGAAACUCGCAACAUUUCUCAACCAUUUCCUUCCCUCUCACAACAUACCGCUGCCGGAAGGAACAAUGUGGUUGAAACUUUCAGCACAAGACCAGAUCCAUGAAUAUCGAUACUUGAGAGUGCAUUAUGAGUCUACCGCUGACUGGAAGCUAGCUACUGACUACCUGCGAUGCAACCCAAGCUUCCAUGGCAAAGAACGGCGUGACUGCGCUCUAAUACGCACACUGGACAAGGACGGCCGCGACAAAAAUAUAUUUGUGAAGAUAUUAUGCAUGUUUAAGCACACUGUUGGCAGCUGUACCUUAGAUCUCGCACUCGUUCUACCUAUGGAUGCCUUAAUUGGCCCACGUCGGCGUAUGGAUCGAGAACUGCGACUAACUCGACUUCGCGCACGGCCCGCUUCUUCAUCUGAGUUUAUUACGCUUCAUUCCAUCAUUCGUGGUGCUCUUCUUGUUCCAGAUUUUGCUCAUGAUGGAGAUUAUUUUCUUGUGGAUACUGUGGAUACUGACAUAGUACCCUCCUUCCUCUUCUAA